AGUCCUCAUACAUUGAUACUCCUCUUUCACAAUCAUACCUUUUUAUCUCUCUUGCUCUUUUCCUGGUUCUCUGUAUAUACCCCUUUUUAACUUUGUUCUCCAUGGUUCUCUUCAAUAUUGAUAUGAGUUCCAUUGUUCAGGUAGAAGGCAACUGUCCCCCAACUAUGUUUUCUCAUCUCCACCCACCUCUACACCACCACUGUUGCCACCACCACCGCCAUGGCUUCCCACCACCGCCACCAUCAUGACCUCUCUCUCUCUCCAUGUCAACACAGUUGGAAAACACCUUUGUCAAUAAUGCACAAAGCCCUUAGAAUUACCGCCACUUUGCGGGGAAAGCCAAUUUCUUUGCAUAAUUUUUCACCACAGAUCCGACGGAUUAGAGUAUGUAUAAGGAGGUAUAACUGAGUUUGGGUCUCCGGCCUCGUCUCCGACGGAGAUGGUUUUCCGUCAAUUAAAAAAAGAAGCCCUAAAUGGGUUUUUUUUCUUUUUUUGGAAAAAAAUGGGUGAAAAAAAGGCUUGAACCCGCGCCCUUUUUUUACUAAAAUUCACAAUAUAUAAUUUAUAUAAUAUAAACUAUAGAUCUUAAUCUCAAAACCGUUUCAGAAAAUCAAGAUUUUCUCAUAGAAAAAACCCACUCCCGCCACAUUAUCAUAAAUUUCUCAUAAAAAUACCUGCUCCCGCCCCAUUUAGCACAAUCCCUCGAUGGUUUUAAACUUAGCAUUCUUCUCCAAACCGUCCACGUUUGCCAUAUUAAAAUAGUGAACGAGGUAGCUUCUUCCCCAUUUCCCUCAUUUUGAUUUGUAAGUAUUUUUGCAUGUUAAAAGCUUUCUAGUCCUGUUUUAUUUGAUGAUUUGCAUUUUCGACAGAUUUAGUGUUUCAUUGUUAGUUACCUUGUGUAUCAUGAUUUAUUUGACUAGUUAUAUAUUUUGUUAGACCUUUUUGUUGAUUCUGCAAUUUUGAUUCCUGAAAUUAGGGCCUAGAUUCAAUUCUUAGAUUUUGUCUCUAAAGUUUACUGGAAAUUGCAAAUUCACCAUUUUAAUUGGAUUUAUGAAUUUCAAAUGCAAGAUAUAGCUUUUCAUUUUGUUUCUUUUGUGUUAUAUAUGCUUUCAAAUAAAUCAAAUAUUCGGUAACUAAUCUAUUUAAAAUAAUUACACAUGUAAUCAAGAUGUUGAUAGAAAUUAUGUGUUCUUAGAAACUGUUAUUUGUUCUGCAAUAUCACUUUCUAAAGUUAUAGUGACCUUUGAGUUCAUAGUUUAUGUUUAAACUGAUGGUUGGUUGUUGUUGACUAGGGCAAAUGUGUUUAUUGGUUUUGUAAGUAUGUAUGUAUAUGUAUAUGUAUCUAAUUAAAUGACUCUAGUUAUUUAUUUUUUUUUUUGCUUAAUUGUAAUCUAUAGCUAUGUCGAAAAGAGGCAAACGUGGUGUUGCUUCUUUUCAAAAGAAUUAUAAAGAGGAGGAUUAUAAGGUAGAUUUUGACAAAAAUAAUUGUCCGGUGGGUGCAAUGAGUUCCCCAUUUAUGUCAUGGUUUGGGUUGAAAGUUAGACAAACGUUUCCAUAUCAUAUUGAAGGAUUUUGAAAGAAACCGGUGGGAAGAAUUAUGGUUGGAUACCAAGAGGUUAUGGAAUAUUCAAACUGAUGGGGCAAAAAAGUUUAUGCUUAAAAAAGCAAAGAAGCUUUGUACAAAAUUCAGAAGCAGGCUUGUUAUCAACUAUGUUAAUAAAGGAAAAAGGCCUUUUGAGAAAUAUGCAUAUCUCGAUCCUGCGCAUUGGGAUGAAUUCGUUCAGAAAAAAGACAAGCAAAGAAUUUUUGGAUAUAAGCGAGAAGGCCAAAGCAAGAGCAAACGUGAACACAAACUUCUCCCGACUAGGACGAACUGGGUUUGCGGGAUUGGAUGCUAAAACCGAUAUCAUAUGGCCUCUACUUGAAGCAAAGUCUCCAUAUCUUAAAACUAUACAAAAUAAACGUGCCAAAGCGUGGAUAAUGAGUAAAAAAAUAAAAAACCCAGAAACUAACUCGUAUGAACUUGCACCAGAUUCGCAUGAAACAAUCGAACGUUUGGUCCGCACCGAGAGAGAGAUGAUAGAAGAUGGUAGUUAUUUUGCCGGAAAGGAUGACCCGAUUGUUAGAGUUAUGGGACGUGAACACGGCGGAAGAACACGGGCAGUCUCCGAGCUUAUAGGUUCAACACAGGUUCAUGGAGGAUUGUUCAACAAUAGUAAAAAGCGAGCAAGAAGGUGCAAUAGUUUGGAUGCGAACAAGGAGAGAGGCUCGGUAUCAUGGGUGGACAAGAAUUCCGGUGGACCGAUCAUAUCCUAUCCACCUAUCGAGUUAGCGAUGAGUUGACGGUGGCUAUAGGGCAGAUAUGGCCAACUUCUGAUAGGAUUCUACAUGGCAAACUAAUAAGCGAAGAUUUUGUAAAAGUUCAAGUAGAUAAUGUCAUUGAAGGUUGCGAGAAAAUGCCUGUUCUUGAAGUAACUAAAACUGUGGACAUUAAAUGUGUUGGAGACAUGCUUCACUGUUUUGUUCAAUGGCCAAGGGAUGCAGUAAAGAUUGUGAACAAGGAAACAUCCAGCAGGUCUGUGAGUUUCUGUGAGUUUCCUGAGAACGAACCCGAGGCUCGAUUCAUCAAGCCACACAGGCGCCUCGCCUCAAACACAAGCCGGUGACAUCUCGGCGAUUUCAUGUUAUCAUCCAGAGAUUGAGGAAGACCCGUAUGAACUACAAAUGCCUAUUCAACAAAACAUUGAUCAGAUGAGUUUUAUGAAUAUGUUAAUGGAAGUGCAAGAACUACCUGAAAAACAAAUGGCAAACAGUCAUGCUCCUAAUCUAGAUCCAGAAUUUAUCGAUCCUGAAGUAACUACUGCUUUGGAAAGAACAAAGACUAGGCCUCGUGCAAUUCAAGAUAUGGCUGAACUAUUAUCAAGGUGUGUUGGGGAUAACCAUAGCAUUCAGAUUUCUUCACCGGCCAGGAUGUAUCCCCAAACGGUUCAGGAUAGUAUUCCAUAUGUGGAGUUGUUACAACUAUUUUCUAAUGAUUGGCUUGACAUCACUGUGAUACAUUGGUUUGCAAUGUAUUUUUAUGAGUCACAUAAUUCUCGAAGCGCAUUUUUUAAUCCGCACCACAUCAAAGGUGAUUCAUGCACAUGCACGAAAAAUUCUGAAGGCGUUCAAGAACAUAUCAUAGAUAUGUUUAUGUUCCAUACCGACAAAACAUUUUUUCUUGCGCCAUAUUUAGCCGAUAACCAUUGGACCCUAAUUAUCAUUUGUCCAUCAACUGAGAGAGGCUAUAUCAUUGAUUCUAUAAGUAGAGAAAAGGACCAGCAUAGUUACCUUCUUACGUCUGUCAUUGAUGAAGCUUUUGGGUUUCCAUUUCUUUGGGAUAUGGUGAAUUGUAAGCAGCAAAAGAAUGGUUGGGAAUGUGGUUUUAUGGUUAUCAAAAACAUGUACGAGUUUGUCAAUACUAUUCAACAUGACUUUCCCAUUAAGCUUUGGAACGAAAAAGGUUGUCUUCCGCAAAAAGAAAUUGACAAACUGAUCCUAGAAUUAACGCCACAGUUUAUCAGUAGGGUGUUUCCAACGGGUCAGAGGCAUGCGUGACAACAGGUGUGGUGUUGAAAACUAAGAAGAGAGCAAUGCAAAAAAAAGGUAAAAGUUGGAGUUCUACAACUGGAUUGGAGUUGAAGUUUUUGUUUUAUGUUUGAACUUUUGGUGGCAAAUUUGUUUCUUUAGGAGUUAAAGUUUUUUCAUUUUGUGUUUGAACAUUUGGUAGGAGAUCUGUUUCUGUAGGAGUUCCAAGUUUUUUUAUUUUGUGUUGAA